UCAGAAAAAAAACAAAGCACAGUUCAAAAUCAGGCGACAGAUGUGUCAAACAAAAUGUCCCCCGAAAAAACCUAAAUUUUACAAAAAAUUUUAAGUGUAAAAAAAAAAUAUCUUUUUUUUCUAUAAUGCUGUUCAAUAACUAACAAAAAUAUAAUUUUUAAUAUUCAAUUUUCCAUUUCGUUUUGUGUUCUCCAUCAAAAAAUACAAAAAUUUCCAAUUUAUCAGAAAAUUCUAAGUAAUUGUAAUAAGAAAAAAUAAUGAAUAAAUCCGGGGAAAUUGUAACUAUUUUUGUUGGUCAAGCAGGAGUACAAGUUGCUUCGGCCUGUUGGGAAUUAUUUUGCUUGGAACACGGAAUAAAACCUGAUGGAUUUAUGCAUUCUGGAUAUGAUGCAAAUGAAAAAGCGCAUCAAGUAUUUUUCUCAACAGCACAGACAGGAAAAUUAUCACCGAGAACAUUAUUGGUGGAUUUGGAACCGAAUGUUAUAGAUGAAGUUCGAACAGGGCCCUAUAAGAAUUUAUUUAAUCCAAAUUCUCUUCUAAAUGGAAAGGAAGAUGCGGCAAAUAAUUUUGCAAGAGGAUAUUACACCGUUGGCCGUGAAGCAAUCGGAUCUGUUUUAGACAGGCUUCGUCGGGAAGUUGAGAAUGCAUCAAGACCCGCGGGUUUCAUAAUCUUUAGAUCUUUUGGAGGAGGAACUGGAAGUGGUUUCACAACUCUAUUAUUGGAAGGGCUUCUCGAAGAUUAUGGAAAGAAGACGAAAGUCGAAUUUGCAAUUUACCCAUCUCCUAAUCUUUCGACAGUAAUUGUUGAACCGUAUAAUUCGGUUUUUACAACCCACGGUACAUUGGAUUAUGAAGAUGUUUGCUUUCUUGUGGACAAUGAAGCGCUCUACGAUAUUUGCUCCAAAUUGAAACUAGAUAGACCAAAUUUCACAAAUUUGAAUCGUCUUGAAGCACAAGUAGUUUCGGCAAUUACUGCAUCAUUGAGAUUUGACGGAGCUAUAAAUGUGGAUCUACAAGAAUUUCAAACUAAUUUAGUACCAUAUCCUAGAAUUCAUUUUCCAAUAAUGUCAUUUGCACCGAUUCUCAAUAAGGAGAAGGCCAGGCUGGCAGACAUUUCAGAAAAUCAAAUUACUCAUGAUUGUUUCGAUCCAUCCAAUCAGAUGGUAAAAUGUGAUACAAGAACUGGUGCUUACAUGAGUUGCUGUUUACUUUAUCGCGGGGAUGUUAAUCCAACGAAAAUUAAUCAUGCCAUACAUACAUUAAAAGGAAAUAAAUCCAUCAGGUUUUGCGAAUGGAAUCCCACAGGAUUUAAGGUUGGUAUCAACUAUCAACCACCGAUUAUUGUCCCUCAAGGGGAUUUGCCACAGACGGACAGAUCUCUUACAAUAUUAAGCAAUAAUACAUCUAUCAGACAUUCAUGGAAGCGAAUUGCGUCUAAAUUUGAUACAAUGUACAAAAAAAAAGCCUUUGUACAUCACUAUCUUGCCGAAGGAAUGGAACAAAGUGUUUUUAAAGAAGCUCGAGAUGACAUAACAGCUUUAAUGGAGGACUACAAUGAAAUAGAAAAUUGAAUACUAUUCCGAUAAUUUUUUAAUGAUUUCGAUAAAUUAGAAACAACUUCUAACUCAUGAUAAUAGAAAACAAAAAAAAAACGGGGAUCAAAAAAUUGUUCAGAUUGCUUCAAAUUUGAAAUAUAUUCUGUAAAAACUUUUAGACCUUUGUAAUUAAAUUUUUAAAAAAAUAAAAAAAACUGACAUUUAUUAAAAAUGG